AUGAUGGCGGCGGCGGCGGCCGCGGGGCACGCCCACGCCCACGCCCCGCGCGCGUGGCCUCCUUACCCCCAGCACGCCGCUCUUCUUCUACCUCGCCCGCAUCAUGCUCCGGUUCCUCCUCCUCCUCCUCUUCAUGCCGGCAUCAGGGUCGUCGACACGUGGCGCGGCGCAGGCAGCGUGGCGAGGCGCGACGACGGUGCGCCGUUGCGCGCGGGGCGGCGUGGCUGGUUUGGCGACGGGUGCGACGACCGUGCGGGAGGAGACGGGCGGCGGCGGCGAGCUGCGGAACAAGAGGCCGUUGGCACCGACGACGCCGCGCCAGCGCUCCCCGUCCCCGCCAUCCAAGCGGAGGGCCGUGGCAGCGGCGGCCAGGCGCCUGUUCCCGCCCGGCUGCGGGAGGGACGCGGCGCUGCCGCUCGCCAGCGCCGAUGGUGGCGCUUCGCGGUCCGUAGCUGCGCGAGGCGACGGCGGCUCAGGCGCACCACACAAGUCGGCAAGGUGGACAGCGUCCUUUUCGAAGCGGCGUCGUCACCCAGCGCUGCUGCUGCUUCAGCUGGUGGUUCGAGUUCGAUCAGUGCGCUGGAGAACGCGUCUGCUUCGGACGGUGGCCAUCAUUGUCAAGGGGAGAGGCUAGUGAAAUCAACCGAGGCUUUGGGCACGAACGGUGUGGCUGCCGCCGCCGCCAGUGCUCUCAUGGACGCCGCCGAUUCACAGGGUGUUGCAGGUCCGGGGAGUGGUGAACCGUUGAAGUCCAAGGAUUGUUUGGUGUCAUCCGUGCGUUUGCUACCAAAGCCGACGACGACGGUUUCUGCCAAUCGUCGCUUCCCGCCUGGGUGCCGGAGGUUUGGAGCGCCUCUGCCCGCUGGUGAUGGCACUACGAACCAAGUAGUGUGUCUGCCGUCGCCGGAGGAGGUGGUGCCUACAGAACGAGAUGACAUGGAAUUUGUGGUUCGUCCAGGAUCUCAUGUUUCUUCCAGUGUUACUCCGCAUGAGGCUACAGCCUGUAGACUUGGUGCUGCUGUUCCAACAAUUGGGAACAAAUGGCAUUGCGAGGAGAGGAGGUCAUCAUCAGCUGUACCUGCAAGCGGUGCCAACGUGACAAACAAACCUGGUGGGAGUUCGUGCAAUGUUGCUGCUGCUGAAUCUUUGGCUCAAGGUCUUUCCAAAGAAGGUCAUAGGAGUGACAGUGUUUCUGAUUGUUCUGCACUGAACACCACAUGUUCAGACGAUUUUGCAGCUGCAGUGUCCGGCGAAGGAGCAGUGGUGACAAAGAAGGUCAUGCAUACAGCUCGGAAAUCAGUCAGGCCUCCCAGAUUGAUUCAGAAAUCUCUUCUCCACACUCAGCGUAGGUCCUUCUCCGUGGAAAUCGAAAGGGAAACUGAACUUGGAUGUAGCGUGAACAUGAAUGAUAUUGAGGACACUGGUGGGUUUACCAAAGCUCGAGCUAUUCAGGAUCCCAUGUGUGCAAACAAGUCCCCCUGGACAAAGGGAAACGAGGCUGCCUUCUUCGGUCCCAAGGAGAGGGUGAGCAAGAAGAAGCUAAUGAACAAAAGGAGGGUUACUGUAAAAGGUCCUACCUCUGCGUGUGCGUUGGAUGACAAGGAGGAUUCCAUCUUGGAAGACGAUGAAAUUUUCAAGGCCCUAGCUGCUCAUGAAACAAAGUUUGAAUAUGGGCCCCAAAGCGCAGAUGCUAGGAUCAAAGUCAAGAUAAUCUGCACCAGGUUCGAGUCUAUCUGCAGGGCUAUAGUGCAAGCUGCGGGACAGCGUUCGAUGAAGGUUAGAAGAAUUGACCUCGCAGCAGAUAAACUGAUCAGGAAACUGCCAGGAUUCACCAAGCAGGGGCCAGUCGUUGGAAGCGUUCCUGGAGUCGAAGUCGGCGAUGAGUUUCUGUACAGGGUUCAGCUGGCCCUCGUUGGUCUUCACCGUCCGUUCCAGGGAGGCAUUGACUCCACCAGCCAUGAAAAAACCGGUGUGCGGAUCGCCAUAAGCGUGGUGGCUUCAGGCGGAUAUCCUGACGAACUGUCAUGCUCAGGGGAACUGGUAUAUACAGGGUCCGGUAAGAAGGAUAGUGGAGAUCAGAAGCUUGAGCAUGGGAACCUUGCCCUGAAGAAUUGCAUCAAGAUGAAGACUCCUGUCCGGGUGAUUCAUGGAUUCAAAGAUCAGAACAGAGGAAGGCAGCCAUUCAAGGGCCAGAGAGAUCUCGACGUUCACGUAUGA